ACACUUGUCUACGGAGCUCGCGCGCCCUGCCCUUUUUUUCCCUCCCUCUCACAGUGGAAGCGCGUGUCGGCAGCGCGCACAUCCAUCUACAGCAACCACACGCUUCUCCAUCUAUCCUUCAUCCUUCCGUGAUUGUGUCGCAGGAGGACUAAAGCAUGGGGGAACAUGGCACAGCGCGGUGCUGCGCCUCCUAAAGCCGAGCCGCAGACACCUCCUGCUCUCCAUUCGUCCUGAGGAGCUCUGACCACAGAGAGUUACUUACCUGAGCCAAGAAACAUGGAUCCACCCUCAAGCAGUCAGCAGUUUGGCGCCAAGAAACGCGUCAAAAUCCACCCCAAUACAGUCACCGUAAAAUAUGCCACACACUUCCCACAGCCAGGGGACGAGGGCUACGAUGAUGCACCCUCCUUCGAGGACUUUGGAUCCUUUAUUGAAAGUAACCCCAGCAAAAAGCUGGUGACGGACUCUGGCCACGGGAGGACUUUCUUUGGAACUAUGGACGUGCGUCCUAAACCAACAGGUGAGCAGAAGGAUAAGGGAGUAGGUAGUCAGCUGGCUAGUUUUGGUGAGGCAUCGGUUUUAGCAUCGAGGGUCACCUGGGGAGCGUUGUUUGGCGCUGCAGUGGCUCACGGGUGUGUAGCUUUGAUCACACGGCUCGCAGCCGAUCGCUCCAAAGUGCCCUCUUUAGAGCUCAUUUUUAUUCGCUCUGUCAUUCAAGUGUUGUCCAUAUUAGUGGUCCUGUACAACAAGGAAGCCCCGUUUGGUCCUAAGGGCUAUCGUUUGCGUCUCUUCUUCUACGGAGUUUGCAAUGUCAUUUCCAUCACAUGCGCCUACACGUCCUUCGCUAUCGUCCCACCUAGUAAUGGAACCAUCAUGUGGAGAGCCACGACGACGGUGUUCAGUGCCAUCUUGGCCUUCCUCCUUCUGGACGAGCGCCUCGGAUACACUGAUAUAGUCACGGUAGUGGGCAGCCUCUUCGGGCUGUGCCUGGUCAUGAUCCCAAACAUUGCAGAUGAGGAGAAAUCACCCCUGGGUUUCUGGAAGGAGGCGUUCGGCUACACCAUGACCGUGAUGGCCGGGCUCACGGCUGCUCUUUCGAUGAUCGUGUACCGCGCUAUCAAGGAGCGCGUCAGCAUGUGGACGGCACUGUUCACCUUCGGUUGGACGGGAACAGUGUGGGGAGCAUCUACCAUGUUCGCCAUGCAGGAGCCUAUCAUCCCUUUGGAUGGCGAGACGUGGGGCUACCUGAUUGGCAUCUGCAUCUGCUCCACCGUGGCGUUUCUCGGGGUUUACUACGCCCUGAACAAGUUCCACCCUGCUCUAGUGAGCACCGUGCAGCACCUGGAGAUUGUUGUGGCCAUGUUCCUGCAGCUCGUCGUGCUGCGCAUGGUGCCAUCCGCUUACGACAUCUUUGGCGCGUUGGUCAUCAUGAUCAGUGUGUUUGUUCUCACGGGCCUCAAGCUGUACUGGGUGGGACGGGCCAUUCGACAGGAUUACCAGGAGAUCUUGGACUCACCGAUCAAAUAAGAAUGCCGUUGAUAUGUCUGUGUUUGUAUGUUUGUUUGUACAUGUGUGUACAAUAUGUGUGUGUGUGUGUGUGUGUGUGUGUGUGAGUGAGUGUAUGUUUGUAAUAGUGUUUCCCCAGUCAUCCCCGCUUCCUUGGGCACUCUAAAUGUGCAAUUGAUGAAUGUCUUGAUAUUCUAUUUAUUUUGUAUAGUGUUGUUGAAAGAGUGCAAUGAUAUCAUGUCUUUGGUAAGUGUUG